UUGGUGACUGUGCUGGUUGUCUCGCUCUGCGAGAGUUUGUGUGAGCGGGAAGAUGUGAUGCAGUCAUAAGACGGCCAGGACGAAUUUGGGGCGUAAGGGAGUCACAUGAAAGGAAUGAUGCAAUCGUUGGCAACCGGUUUCUAGUUGGAGAUAAGACUAGCAGAACCCGAGCAUGUUUUAUUAAACAACCUUUCGUUAAAAAGAAAAAAAAAAACUGACAAACUACCCUAUAAGGAUGUAGGAAAAUGUGUCUUUUUGCUUGCGUUCGCAUAUGCACCUAUAAAAAUAGGCAACGUUAAUAUCCGUGAUCGUCGUCGUGUGAUAUUGUACGCAUUUGUUCGCUCUUUUUUCAUCUUUAAUAAUUCCUCUCUAGUGACCCUGAGGCGAUUCUUUCAUGUUUCCAAACGCAUCCAGUUCAGCACUAUAUGGAACGAGGAUAUUCCAUAGGAGUUUGAACAAUCCCACCUCAGCCAUUUCAUCCCACUCCAUUUGACAACAUAGCAACGGGAUACACAAUCGGCAAUUCGAUAUAUUAAAUUACUUAAGUGGUUAUUGCUCGACACACCUGUUUAGAAUCGCUAAAUGAGCCGAUAAAGUGACGUUGAAAUGGUAAAGGUCAGAAUCUAGUUCACAGAUAAGAUCUUAAACCAGCACAAGAUUUAGUCCGAGAACACGCCCUGAAUGUAAAGAAUGUUAUGGAUCCUAUAGUCUAUAUUGGGACACUCAAAGUGUGGAUCUUUUAAAACGUUAUUCUAAUGCUGCAAUUUGGUUUUGGUUUCCACAGAACAAAAAUAAAGGUUCUUUAUUGGUAUUGAUGGUUCCACAAAGAACCUUUAACAUCCUCGGAACCACUGGACAAAAAGUUCUUGUGUUUUGGAUUAUUAAAACACACUAAGAAAAAUGGUUUCACUCAAAGGUUAUUUGGGGAACCGAAACUGGCUGGCAUUGCACCAGCACAAUGCCAGUUGUGUUUCCAAACGGAUCCAGUUCAGCACUAUAUGGAACGAGGAUAUUCCAUAGGAGUUUGAACAAUUCCUCAACCAUUUGACAACAUAAGAUACACAUUCAAUACAAUCAGGAUAGAUUCUGCUUUUUUUUUUUAAAUGAAAGGACUUAAGUUGUUAUUGUUCAACACAAAACGCUAAAUGAGCCGAUAAGUAAAGGUCAGAUAAGAUCAUCCAGUGUAAAUCAGCACAAGAUUUAGUCCCUAAAUGUAUAGAAUGUUUUCCAACAUGGAUCCUAUAGUCUAUAUGGGACACUCAAAGUGUGGAUGUUCAAAACAUUAUUCUAAUGAUGGUCAAUUUUGGUUCAAUAAAGAACUUCCUCGGAACCUUUCCAUAUAGUGGAAAAAUGUUUAUGGGAUUAUUGAAAUGUUCUUGACACUUUUUUUUUUUUUUUUGAGGGAACUGAAACUGGUUUAUACCUUUUAUUUUUAAGAGUUUUAAAUGAUAUACUUUAAUGGGUACAACUUUGGGUGAUCAGAACCCCUAAAACCGCCCUAGUAUUUUUUCAACUGUUGUUGUGGCACUGGGAAUAACUAUAACAUGGUUGUGUAAAAUGUUGUUGUCCUGUAGUAUGAUCCUUCAAAUAAAACGAUGCUAAUUAGUUCAAUGGUAUUUAAUUAACCGUUUUAAAUGCUUAAAACGAUAGAUUAGGCACAACACGGGGUGACCUGUAACUCCUGGCCAACUGAUGUCACCAGGGACUCAUCUCGUUAGUAUUCUGAAACUCUUCCCAACACUAGAGUUAAGUAGUUAAACUUGCAUGGUGCAAAGCGUGCAAUGUAUUGCCUAGCAACAGCGCAAGUGGGAUGCGCGUAAGGUUAGCGAAUAGAAACCUCAAAUACUGUUUCCAGGAGCAGGGCACCGCUCGCGUUGAGACGCUACUAACACGUCACGAUCGGUUGGCUGUUGCUGUGUAGUCUCCCCGCUGCCUAAUGGUUAUCACCUCCGAGCGUGUAAUUCUAUUGGCAGGUUACGCCUUUAUUCCCCAAAGUUGUGUUUACUCAACAUUCCUUUGAAGUUUUAACAGGUUUAACUCUCAAUAACUCCCUCUGUUUUGAAAACUUUGUCGAGUUAUACCUGCCUUCACCGUAGUAGGAGGUUGAUCUGAUUUAUAUUUCUAACUGUUCAGAUUGUGCCAGCGAAUCACAUUUCUGCUCAAGAGAAUAACAGACAUUUUACAAUAUACCAUAUGCUUAGAAAUACCUCUGGUUUCCUACAUCUUUCCUCCACACUAAACGAUUUUUUCCCUCAGUAAUUAUAAAGUAGUUACGGGCGGACCAUUUUUUUGUUUUCUCAGCUAACUGACACAAUAAGGCCAAUAAAGAUAUGCGUGUGUGUAGAAUCAUUUUAUGGCAGACGAACAGAAAUUUCUUUCUCUCAGGAUAUUCCCGCCUCCCGCUCACUUCAGUGAAACAUACUUCACAUUUCCAGAUGAAGUUCACGAGCAUCUACGGUUACCUGACCGUUAGAAUUUAAUUUAAAUGACGUUUCGAAUAGUUUGAGGCGGAUCAUAAAUUUACCAUUUGUAGCCUAGUUUUUUUUUUCUUUAUUGACUGCGCAGAAGAACAUAAAAGACGACUGAUUUAUAUUUUAUUUGCGUUUAUUUUAUAUAAAGCAAAUUGAUAUCAACUUAAAAUAAAAAUCAUAUGAUGUAUCGAUAACAUUUGUCAAUUUCGAAUUUAACGUCUGAAGAUAAACAAAAACAAUAGCUUACAAAUAUGCUAGAUUUAUUUUACAAUACACAAACUACAGAAGUGUAUCCAUACUUGUACUAGGGCGCGUUUUCCUCUUCACGAGUGGCUCUCUCGCUCCUCCUAGUGGCUUUGAAAUUGUAUGGAAUUCCCAACCCCGACUUCAGCUACUGCGCAUGCGUGGACAAAAACUCCAUGAUUUUUUUUUUUUGCACGGGAUCCUAAGGAAAAAUAGGAACUUGGAAACGAAGAUAAACUAAAAGCACCAUCACACAGGCACAAUCGGCCCCUCGCUCGCAUAUGCACACUGUAAAGACGCUUAGGAGGGCGCUGAACCUUUGAAUGAAGCGAUCGCACGCUCCGCGGCCGAGCAGUAUUCACGCGAAAUUGGACGACAAUGCACGGGGCGCAAUAAAACCAAGCGUUAUUGCUCUUUGUUUUUAAGCAGGACGCCUCGGAUGGAUGAAGACGCGGGGAAGUGGCUAAAAAUCACACGGCGUUAAUAACAGCUCCUGCAACGGCGACAUUUGCAACUCAAGUCCAUCGAGACGCUUGUUCUGUCUUUCGCCUGUGUUGUGCAGCGCGCCGAAGAAGCAGGAAACUUCGUAAACAGAGAGGUUGUCAGCUUGUGGAGAGUUCCAUAGAAGCGUCCCAGUCCAUUUGAGAGGACCGCAGAGGAUUGUGUGUCAAGAUGGAUUUGUUGUACUGUUGCGUUGUGCUUUGUUAAUGCUACGUAUAUAUGUCCUCCAAAGGGUGUAUUUCACGAAUGGUGCUGACCAAGGCUGUAUAAAAAUGAAAAGGAGCUGGAUGUGUGUGAGCAGAAAAUGACGGGGGGCAGUGAGAGUGCAGCAGGAGAAAAAGAUGGAGGUACGGCGCUCAUCGCUCAGAUCCCGGUUGGCUGGCAGAGGAAAGUGGAAGAUGGGGUUGUGUCUUACAUCAGCCCGAGUGGUACAGUCCUUCGAUCUGUGGAUGAGGUGAGGGUGUAUCUGCGGACAGACGGCACAUGUAAGUGUGGUCUCGAGUGCCCGCUUGUCCCAAAUAAGGUCUUUAAUUUUGACCCUGCUGCGAUGGUCCAAGCUCCUGGUCAUCAUUCGAGUAAAAUAGAGGAAGACAUGACCAAACUCUGUAACCAUCGCAGGAAAGUUGAUGCCAUGGCGGCAUUAUGCCAAAGCAUGCAGCCCUCCCAACUCCCCCCGCCGGCUCAAGCCACAGGAGGUGUUGUAUGCUCAGUGGACAGCAGAGAGCUGAGAGGAUCGAUGGUGGCUCAUGGAGACGGCGCCCACUGCACUUACCCUCAGCCAAGACACAACCAGCCCAAAUCCAACAUUGGCUUUCCUCUGUCCUCUUCUCGCUCUGUUCUGCAAAACGGUUCUGUUAACCUCGCCCCUAUUUCACGACCUCCAGAACAGGGUUCACCUUUAAAGAAGCCCCCAACGCCAGUGGGCUGUAUGCCUGCUUAUGCGAAACAGCAGUGGAGCCCUCAUCCACCGCUCUCCCAAAACAUCCCCCAAAGGACAGUGCAUAACCCUUCUUCUCCAAGCAAUGCAAAACCAAGUGUACACACACAUGUGCAUCCCCCAGACCCUUCCAACUCCUUUUCCUUAUCCCCCUCUUCCUCUGUAGCUCUGAGUGGUCGAGCAGCUCCGCCACAUUCACAGGGAGUGAGUGUUAAGUCGCCCUCUCCUCUGUCACCCUCACGUACCCUAGACACCUUCUCACCCCAUCAACGCUCUCGCCACUCCUCGACAUCCUCGCUCUCGGAGCACGGGGCCCCGGGGUCUGUCUUCAUCCAGGGGGUCAAACCGUUGCAGGCCACCAUGCCGUGCUCUUCUCCCAAGCAUCCUCUUGCGCCUUCCAGUCCGUGUAGUCGCUUGGAGGGCAUUCUGCAGCACUAUAAAGACUGUAGUACCUCCAACAUCAGCUCCAAUGCUAACCAAAGCAACCAUCAGGUGUCACAAGCCUCGUCGCUGGCGCAUCCCAACGUAGGUGACAAGAGGAACGGAUUGAGUUCUUCUCAAGCUCCAGAACUGCUCGGCCUUCCACUAGGACAGAUUCUCAACCAACAGAAGAUCCAGCAAAAGAGCCACAUAAAUAACUCUUUCCCUGCCAGCAGCCUCCUUUCUGCCGCCGCUAAAGCCCAGCUGGCCAACCAGAAAACCCCAGGCCAGCUCAGUGCAGCCGAUGCGCUGGCCGCACUCCCUCUUAGUGGCCUGGACAAGGAGCAGCAGUCAAAGGUAUUGAUUAGCACUUUAAACAGUAGCGUCCACCCCACUUCCGCCAGAGCACAGUCCCUCACCGCCCUGUUGCUCCCGCACUCCCCUUCCCUUUCCCCAGCUUCCCCUGCUGUCGCUGAGAAAAACUUGCGGCGCAAACGGCAGAGGCAUUCGCCCACCGUUUUGAGCAUGCUGAAAGACUCACAAUUGGGUCGGACUGCAGGAGAUCUAUCCGGGCCUCCGCUGCUUAUCUCCCCAUGCCUUUCGCCACCUUCUCCUCCUGUACCUCACUCAGACAACCACCGGCUGUCUGUCGCUCCUCCGAAUGCCUCCUUCUCGAACAAUGCUCUUAGGCUGCAGGAUUCGGAGGAAGGCAGGAAGCCUGGACUUGCUAAUUCUCUCCCGCUUUCCUCCCCAUCUCCUUCCCAGCCCCUUUCUGCCUUGCUUCAGCUUCUUAGCAUGCAGAGCGCAACCCAGCAGUCCAGCGGCACCACUGCCAUGCCUAGCAACAGGCACACGAACACGCUGGCCUCUUCACCCAGACCCAUCACUCCACAAACACCCCACUGCGAAGGACAGUCCACAUUACGUGUACACAACCCCACCCCACAACUUCAAGCCCAAAGCACAGUGCCCAUGCCCGAAACUCCUGCCCAGCAGCCCCAAUCCCAACCCUUUACUUUGAUGGGUGACGAAACAACCAUGAACCUCAAAACAACCUCCAGCAACACCAUCCUGAACUUGAGCCAGCCCCACACGGGCACGACGCCGGACCUCAGCAGUUCGAUUCUGAGCAUGAUGAACCAGAUGUCCUCAACCUCCUGCUUGCCCCCGUUCCCGGAGAAAAGUUGUGGGUCCAAAACGACAGAGACUUGUCCUGACCACAACGCCUACCAAAUUAACCAGUCAAAUCACCACCAAGCUGUGGAAAGUAAAGGUCCUGUAGAGACAAUGGAUCAGCCGGACUCGGACACAAGAUUGCUGGGUGGCUGUGAGCCCGAGCACAGCCUCUCUCUAUCCGCUGCCCCGUCUUCCGAUCUUUCUAAUCCCGCAACCGACCCCGCUGUUUCCCUACCACUAGCAGAGGCUUUUCCCUUCAUGACCCAAGAACAGCUCCUCCAGCUUCUCUCCUCCAAUGCCGGUCUGCCCUCCCUGCUGCCGCCCUUCCUCGGCUCCCUGCCUUUAGGGGUCUGGACGGGCGGCACCCAAGCCCAGCAACCACAGCCAACCAGCGCCAUCCUGAACCAGGGCUCUCCUCUCAAUGUCCUAAACCAGGGCGAGCUUCCUCUCAACCUGGUGAGCCUGUUAAAUCCACCAGGCUCGGCUUCAGCGCUGCCCCCUGUUGCAGGGGUGGAAGGCGGUGAAAAGCCCCCUGGGCUUCAAGCCCUACUCAUGGCUUCUUUGCUGCUCGGGCAGAAUCCAGCUGCCAUGUUGCCCUUGCCAGCGCUCAACCUGGAGCUUCCUACGCCACAGCAGCAGGUCUUUGCGGACCUGGAGAAAACCCCUGCUCUGCUGGACUCGGUCCUGAUGGGGCCGGGGCUCCUGGAGGCUCUUCAAACUCUAGCGCCCAGCGCAGACGGCCAGUCGCUUCUUCUUUCCGCACCACUCACUCCACCCCCUCCCGCCUUCCUGUCCCUCAACCCCGCUCUGCUGGCCGCAGCUCUCGCCCAGACCGAACCCCUUCCCAACCACACGCCAUCCCCCCCGCCUCAUUCUCAGGGGACUCUGUCCAGCCCUGCUCUAGUUUCUACCUCGGUGUCCUGCGGCUCUCUGGUCUCCACCUCGGGGCCGGAAGUGUGUGACCCCCUGGCUGAGCAGGACAAGAACAACGGCCAGACACCUCACUUCCUGCCGCAUCUACUCGCCCCUGGGGUUCUUGGUGACCUCACAGCUCUGGGUAACAUCAACAGUCUUCAUAGUUUACUAGGAGCCGGACCUCUGCUGCUGCCGCAGGGCCCGUCUCUGGGCGUCCCGCUGCCACAGAACCAAACGGCUCUCAACCCGCUCACCUGUCUGCAGCUGACGAUGACGCCCGCGCUCAUGGGAGAGAAGCCAGUGAGUCUGCAUCAGACCCCUCCGUCACAAGAAGAGCUUCCGCCGGCUCAGAUAUCCCAGGAUUCCUUGCUCAACCCGGUCCAGACACCUGCACAGCAGAGAGAGGGCUCCGGCACGGGGCUGUUUGACCCGUACGGUUCCUUCAUGGACACCAUCUACACGUCCUUCCUGCAGGUGAGCGAGCGCGGUGCCGAGGGCGGCUCUGACUCCACGCCGCUGUCGUACCCCGAGCUGCCGCCCCUCCUUCAGCAGGCCAGCGCCCCGCCGUCCCUCAGCCCGCGCCGGGCGUGUUCGGUCCACAACCCGGACCUGUCCCGCCUCGGCAUGGAGAUGGCCCAGUCUCCGGCCCGCGGCACACCCAAACUCAGCGAGGACCCCUCGACGCCGCCGCCCUGCAGGCCGGCCGGAGCGGACGCUCUGUUAGACGCCCCGCUGCAUCCCGCCUUCAUGGAGGAAGCGAAGACAGAUGGGUCGGCCAAAGUGUGCCUCUAUAGCAACGGGAUCGGUUCAGGAACAGAUGGAAGAGGAGACAAUGACGAGGAGGAUGAGGCAGAUGAGGAGGUGGAUGGACGAAGGCUGCAGGGAUAUUUGAGUCCGGGUGAGAGGGCGGUCGAUGACAUCAGCAGCAGAGACGCAGAGCAAGUGAGGACUGAAGACAUGCACACAGGAGCCAGAAGGGGGCGCAAGAGGAAACAGUCACUGCAGAGGGGUCCAGACCUGCCGGGCGGCAUAGACAGCAUCAUAGAGCAGCCCACUGCGACGAUAUCGCUGUCGAGGCCGGCGCGUUCCACCAGAGGGAAGAGACGCCGCGUGGUCCGAUAGGUCCGACUGAACUUUACCACCAACACCAGCACUGUUGCCACGGCAACACCAUCACAGCGUUUGACUGAGCCGCACUGUGAAGAGUCUCCCGUGAUCUCGCUCCUCCGUCACGUCUGUUUGUGUUUGUUCAGCUUCUGUUACCGUUCAAACUUCACCAAUGUUACAUCGAACAUGAGAGGGUUUUACUAAUGAGAGCUAUUGUUAAAUUGUCGCAUGAAUGCAUCAGUUUAGGAAUAGUUAUUGUUCGUUUACCAGUUCUUUUAAUGAUUUUCUUUUAUUUGCUUCUUUUUGAUGAUUGUGAUUGACAGCUCUGUCUGAACAUUUCCCAUCAGUCUUCAGAUGCACACAUGCGUUUGUCCAUGUUGUUGUCGUCAUCAAAUUUGUGUCAUUUGAUAGCUCGUGUUCCAGAGCCAAAAUCCCUUCGUCUCUGGGAAUCUUUCCAGUCGACUGAUCAUUGUAUCACAAAUGUCAUCUUAUUGUUUAACCCAUCAUGCACCUCAUGAACCGCUUUUCAGCCCCAGACGCAUUCAGCAGGAGUUUUGUCACACUGCAAAAAAAUGUUUUCUUAUUUGGGAAUUUUAUCUUGUUUACUAAUACAAAUAUCUAAACAUACUUUAAUCAAGAUACAUAUGCUGACGAAGCAAAAUAUAUUAUAUACAUAAAAUACUUCAGGUAGAAAAAAUAAUCAAAGUGAAGUGUUUACUAUAUGCAAAUAAACUUGACAUUUCCUUGAUGUCAGAACCAUGACAGGAAAUAAUCAUGCUUAAAGCAAGAAAAAAAAAUAUUUGCCAAUAAAUUUAAACAUAAUUCAAAAGGAAAACCCCAUUGGCAGAUUUUUCUUUUCUUCUGCAAAAACUCACUUGAUUUUGAUAUAUUUUUUUUAUAUCUUCAGUCAUUUCUCUUCUCCAGUAAAUGUUUCUUGAUUUAAGAAUGUUUAGAUAUUUGUGCUGGAAAACAAACAGAAACACUGAGGAAGAACAUCAUUUUUUUCAG